AUGUAAAUGCUUGAAAUCAUCAUUUGUUAUCGUAAACAUCUUAUUGCAGAUUAAAUUUAUGAGAUUAGAUUCACUGACAAUACUCUCACAUUAACAAAUGUAUAUCUCUAUCAAAUUCUAUGAAAAGCCAAAACAACCUGACACUCCUAAGUAUAUCGUCCCUUUAAAUUGGUCCUCAUAAAUCAGUUGGUAACUGACAUCUAAGGAAAAUGCUUUUGGCUUUUAAACUUCACCUAAAAAAUAUAAAUGGUUUCAUGCUAAACAAAGUGACUUACUAAUUUUAAAGAAGAUUCUUUCCAAAUUUGUUUCUUUUACAAAAGUACAAGACUUCUAUGAAGCUACAGAACAUUUGGCAAGUGGAAGCAAUAGUCAAGUUUAUUAAGUUGUAAGAAAGAGCGAUAGAAAUGAUAAUUUUGUCACUAAAUGUAUUACUAAAGAGACAAUUUAGAACUCGGUUGAUAAAAUGGUACAGUUGAAGUUUUUAUAAAUUAGAAUGGAAUAUUCGAUGAAUUAAAUAUCCUUAAGCAGUUAAAUCAUCCAAAUCUACUUCGGUUUGAAGAGUUCUAUGUUGGUGAUGGGACCUUCUAUAUAGUUUUAGAGUAUUGCAAAGGGUAAAGUUUAAAUUCAUACAUUAAAGAAUUAAAACAUUAAUUAAAUGUAAGAAUUAUUUAGAAUAUUCUAUGGGAAAUACUGUAGGGUGUUGCAUAUUUGCACUCUCUAAAUAUCAUGCAUCGCGACAUUAAACCUGAAAAUAUAAUAUUAAAUAUCUAUGAAAAAAAAAUAGAUCUGAAAAUUGUAGAUUUUGGUCUUUCUGUAAAACUUUAAUCAAAUAAGGAACUUAAAAAAUGUGGAACUCCAGGUUAUGUAGCUCCUGAGAUUAUAAAUUUAAAAAAUGGAAAAUAUGGUUUAGAAAGUGAUAUUUUUUCUGUAGGAUGUGUGUUCUAUAAAUUGUAAAAUUAUUAUCAGAUUUAUAAGGCUAUUAAGGAAAGAUUUAUUUUAAGGAGAAACAUAAAAUGAAACAUUAUCAGCAAACAGAAGAUGUCAAUUUAAUCUAUAAAACUUGUCUCUCAUUCAUAUUUCAAUAACUGCUUAAAAUCUACUUUCAGAAAUGCUAUAGGAAGAUCCAAGAUUAAGAAUUAAUGCUAAUUCUGCUUUACAUCAUUCAUUUUUUAGGGAGAAUUUUAGAAACAGUAUUAGAAAUCUACCUCUCGGUUUAUCUCAAUUAAUGUCUAGCUAUCAUACUCAAACUUCAAAUUUAAAACAUCAACAUCAUAAUGAGGAAGAAAUUCAUGUAGAAUAUUUUAAUUGUGAAUUACCUCCCAUUAACUAAAUUCCUGUUUUUUUAGAAUAUCAUAAAAAUGGAUAAAAAAUAACUUAGAAUCAAGAAAAUUUAAAUUCUUAAUCCACAGAUUCAAAAUUUAUAUUUCGAAAUAUCUCAAAAUCAACAAGUUGA